AUGGCCGGAGGAUCCUUUCAUUUCUUUCCUCGGCUUCCCACAGAGCUGCGACUCGAGAUUUGGCGUCUGUGCCUACCAUGGCGCGUACACGAAUUGGAUUACCCGACCGACGAGGGUCUCUCUAACCUUGAACCUGACUCGGAUGGCUCCUACCCCUGCAAAGUUAUACCCACAGCUAAAUUGAAUGGCCUUCCACCCGUCAUCACCCGCGUCUGUCAAGAGUCGCGCAACGUUGCCAAUGAAUCAGGGAGUGUUCCUCGGGCUGGUUUCUAUGCCGAUUUACCAGAUGAUGAUCGUUUCACCUCUUUUUCAAGUGUUGGCGCCGACGAUUACUGGCUUGAUACCAAGCGAGACACCGCGCAUAUUAAUUGGACUCCUCUUUACCAAUACACCUACGAUGAACAGAGCGAAGGCAGUGCCUUGGGCUGUGUAGCCUGGCUAAGUCGCCAGGUAGUCGGUCAUCCCUCAAUCAUGCGCGAAUGGUUUCAAUGGUAUUGGUUCAACAGCGAUAGACGGUACAGUCAGAACGAGAGAUUUGAAGUUUUUGACGAAAGACCCAGCUGGUCGGUUGUUAUGCAUGUUGUUAUUAUUCAUGCGAACUUCCGAGACGCCGCUCAAUCUGGUUUGUUUGGACUGCUAGGUGACGCAACCGUGCAAAUCGUCUCUGUGUCCGACGAGGACAAAAUAACGGCCUUCUACGACUUUGUACAUGAAUAUGAUCCUCAGACUUCUGCUGCCGGGGAGUUUGAGCGGGGUCCCAUGGAAACCCUGAGGGGGAAACUGAAAUUCGACCUUGUCAAGACUAUGGGAUCCGACAAGCUUGUGUCGAAAAUACAUCCAGCCAUCAUGUUUCGCCUUUGCACAAGGAUUAGGGGGUGUAAAGGCUCUAAAAAUAAGGAUUUGUCUUCUGAAUAG